UUUUUUGGCCAAAAAUGGCUGCCGAUGUAGAACAGAAAAUCAAGACAUGUGGUCGUUGUGUGCGAAGAAAGUCUCACCCUCAAAAGGCAGCGGCCUUGGUCAACAUCCAGGCCACCCGACCACUACAACUAGUCUGUAUGGACUAUCUUUCGAUAGAACCUGACCGCAGCAACACAAAGGACAUCUUGGUGAUCACAGAUUUUUUCACUAAGUAUGCUGUGGCUAUCCCUACACCAAAUCAAAAGGCAAGAACCGUAGCAAAGUGUCUCUGGGAAAACUUUAUUGUGCACUAUGGGUUCCCAGAACGCUUACAUAGUGACCAGGGCCCAGACUUUGAGUCACGCACAAUCAAAGAGCUUUGUGACAUAUCUGGCAUCAAGAAAAUUCGAACAACACCUUACCAUCCAAGGGGAAAUCCUGUCGAACGCUUCAACAGAACCCUGCUGGACAUGCUUGGCACAUUAGAAGAGAAAGAUAAAGUUCAUUGGAAGGAUUUUGUUAAGCCGUUGGUUCACGCAUAUAAUUGCACGAAGCAUGAAGUGACAGGAUUCACCCCUUAUGAGUUGAUGUUCGGGCGCCAACCUAGGUUGCCUGUAGACCUUGCUUUUGGUUUACCAUAUCAUGAUCACCCAAAAACAUCCCAUUCUGAAUAUGUAAAACAUCUAAAGUCACAUCUGGAAGAGAGCUAUUUGCUUGCAUCUAAUAAAGCAUUAAAGAAUGCUGAGAGGAAUAAAAUCAGAUUUGACAAACUUGUGACAAACUCAUCCUUGGAAGUCAAUGACCGUGUGUUGGUGAGGAACGUUCGGUUACGAGGUAAACACAAGUUAGCAGACAAGUGGGAGUCCGAGGUGUAUGUAGUAGUGAAACGAGCAGGUGACUUGCCCGUGUAUACUGUUCGUCCUGAAACAAAGGAUAGCCCUCUCCGUACACUUCAUAGGGACCUUCUGCUUCCUUGUGGAUUUUUACCAGCUUCAGAAAUUUCAAGCCACCCAUUAACCAAACCUCCCUCUAAACCUAGGACACGGAGAAACCCUGGCAAAGAACCAUCUGAUGAUGACAACAUCUCUGAUCCAGAGGAUGAAUAUCCUAAUGGUCAUCAUGAUACUCUCCCAGAAAUGGAAACUGUACGGUUUUCUACAGUCCAUAACAUACACAAAUCAAAGGGAACUUCAAAUGUUUCUUUGAAUACAGAUUCAGUUAAUCUAAAGCCUUCAGAAGGUAACAAUACACCAUACUUACCUGUUGAUACUCCAAAAGAUUACUCACAUGUUGACACUCCAGCUGACAAUUCCUUUGCCAAUGUUCCCGAUACAUACUCACCUGAUAAUGCUCCAGAGGAAUACUUACCUGCUGAUAUUUCAGUUGACGAUUCACCUGUUAAUGAUCCACAUGACACUGUGAAAGGUCACACACCUGAAGAGGAAACAGAAACUUACAUACCUGUUGAAGGUGGAGAUAAAGAGGAAGUGGAGGAAAGUACUGUAAUAUCAGAUGUUUCUGUGGAGAAGGAACAGCCCAAAGCUGAGAGAGGACAUAAUCCAAAUGUACCACUCAGACGCUCAAGUAGACAAAGAGAGGAACCUAACAGACUUAACUAUCUUCAACUCGGGAAUCCCCUUUCUUAUGUUGUCCAGUCUCUCUUUCAGGGGUUAAGCUCUGCCAUUGUUAGCUCCCUAAAUGGUGUUGAAAGUCCCGGUACCCUUUCCAACUUACCUGAUGCCUCAUUGAAUGUAGUGACUAAUCAGCCACUCAGAGCAUGCAAAGGGACUUGCAUGAUUUCAGGGGGGGAAAGUGUAACCCUGGUGAAAUAGUUGAAUAAUUAUUUAUAAUAUUAUUCAGAGCAGUAUAAUCAUAUUAUUAUUAUAUCUACAAGUCUUUAUUAAUAUAAUAAGCAAAAUAAAAUUCAUGUAUACAAAUGUAGUUUAAGGUAAAGUAACAGCCAAUUGUAGGAUCGGGUUGUUAGCUCCGCCCCUUCCAGCUUGCCGGCAGAGAGAGACACAGAGCAGAGACGAGACCGGUUAUCUGAGCAAUAGAGAGGAGUAAACUUGAACAAAAAGGAUAGAAUACGGCCAGGUUUUUUUCUGAGGAGAUUUUCCCGGUUUCCCUGGAUUCUUUGUAUUGAUGGCGAGCCUCCCACGUCGACCUGGAAAGUCGUGAAGUACCCAAAUUUUCAGUUUAUCCUCCUUUCACCGGAUAAAGUAAGAAUAUACCAAAAAGUUAUUUCCUUUAAUGGACUGGGAUUCCGAACACAGCUGUAAGGACUGAUUUUCUUGACAGAAAAAACAGAACUUGAACUUAAUUGAACUGAGUUCACUGA